GCAAACAGAGAAGAUGCCAGUGACUAUGCACGUGUGUGCGUGACGGAAAGAUAGACCUCCACCGAGCGCCCCGUGGACCCAGGUCGGCUAUCUGGACCUGGAUGUUGUUUUUCAUUGUUAUUUUAACUGUUAUGUUUCAUUUCAACUAAUAAUCUUCAUUAAGAACACUUUUGAUACGACCAUGGCAGACUUCCCAUCUAAGGUUACCACGGAGACCAGUUCCCCCAACUCCCAAAGCACUCAGCAGGGGGGCAACAGUCUGCGAGGGCUGGCAGCUAACGUGAGCAGCAGCAUGGACAUUUCUUUUAUCCGGAGCAUCCCGGCCAUGCUCAUGGUGGCGCAAAUCUGUUUGGGGCUGCUCCACUGGGCGCUCAUCGCCGGCUCCCCUUACAUGUGGGCGCCGGCCAACGGCUGGGUCCUGUUUGUGGCCGUCACCUUCUGGCUCCUCACCGCCAUCCUGUUCUUCCUGAUUCUCUUCGGGGGCCAGAGUAGACUCACCGUAGUGCCGUGGCCUCUCACGGUGAUGGUGUACCACGCUGUGGCGACGUUCCUCUACCUGACCGCCUUCCUGGCUAACGCCGCAUCAGUUCAGCCCUUCUACUACAGCUACUUCUUCGGACAUAUGGCCGCCGCCGCUUUUUUUGGCGCCGUGGUAACGGUGGCAUACGGCGCCAGUGCUUUCUUCUCCUAUUUGGACUGGAAGGGAGAUGGAGGAAACGCCGCCACCAGCACGGUUCCCACCUAGGAAGACAUUCGAGAAAAGACUUUUAUUCCUGGGAACGUCUCUUGUCCAUACUCAGUAAUCAAGGAGUCAUGUGAUGAUUAUUAAUGCUCAACCUGGAUCAGGUGACAUUGUUACAGUGAAUGAGUGUCUUAUCUGGCAUCAUCAUACAUGCUAGCAGGUCACAAGGCAUCUAAUUAUUUCAAAGGCUUUUUUUUUCAAACUAUUUUUCUUGGUUCCAAUUAUAUUACCCCCCAAAUUUAAGACUCCAAGACCAUUUAAGACUUUUGACUCCAAGAAAUAUGUCCACUCGUUCCUCGUUUAUCGCGGUUGAUAAAGACAGAGACAAGAUUCCCCCGCAAAGUGGGAUUAAAUGUUACUAAAUGCAAUAUUUGUGUAGUUACAACAUAGAAAAAUGACUUUUUCACCACUAUUAGAGCCACGUAGAUAUGAAGUAACACCCGCAUUAGAAGCCUUUACACUCUUUUUCACAGGUUUUCUCUGUUUACAUUACAUUGCGCAUGCGCAGCUACGGGAUCACUGCAGGGACACAAGGCUGUAAUAGCAUGCUAGCGAGGAAACUAGUUAGCCUCAAAUGUAUUAUUUCGAAUUUAAAACGGGUUUCAAAAUACAACGGUAUAUUUUGGCCACAUUAAUAAAAAAACAAUGUAAGAUUUUGAAAGUAAAGUGGUAGAUUUAUGAGCGUAAAUGUGUAAUUUGAUGAGAAAAAAGCCGUAAAGUCACUCGGGAAAAAAGCCGUAAAUUGGUCGUAAACAGGCACGAGGAACUGUAUAGCAUGCUAGCGAGGAAACUAGUUAGCCUCAAAUGUAUUAUUCCGAACUUUAGAACGGGUUAAAAAAUACAACGGUAUAUUUUGGCCACAUUAAUCUAAAACAAUGUAAGAUUUUGAAAGUAAAGUGGUAGAUUUAUGAGCGUAAAUGUGUAAUUUGAUGAGAAAAAAGCCGUAAAUUGGUCGUAAACAGGCACGAGGAACUGUAUAGCAUGCUAGCGAGGAAACUAGUUAGCCUCAAAUGUAUUAUUCCGAACUUUAGAACGGGUUUAAAAAUACAACGGUAUAUUUUGGCCACAUUAAUCAAAAACAAUGUAAUGUUUUGAAAGUAAAGUGGUAGAUUUAUGAGCGUAAAUGUGUAAUUUGAUGAGAAAAAAGCCGUAAAGUCACUCGGGAAAAAAGCCGUAAAUUGGUCGUAAACAGGCACGAGGAACUGUAUAGCAUGCUAGCGAGGAAACUAGUUAGCCUCAAAUGUAUUAUUCCGAACUUUAGAACGGGUUAAAAAAUACAACGGUAUAUUUUGGCCACAUUAAUCUAAAACAAUGUAAGAUUUUGAAAGUAAAGUGGUAGAUUUAUGAGCGUAAAUGUGUAAUUUGAUGAGAAAAAAGCCGUAAAUUGGUCGUAAACAGGCACGAGGAACUGUAUAGCAUGCUAGCGAGGAAACUAGUUAGCCUCAAAUGUAUUAUUCCGAACUUUAGAACGGGUUUAAAAAUACAACGGUAUAUUUUGGCCACAUUAAUCAAAAACAAUGUAAUGUUUUGAAAGUAAAGUGGUAGAUUUAUGAGCGUAAAUGUGUAAUUUGAUGAGAAAAAAGUCGUAAAGUCACUCGGAAAAAAGCCGUAAAUUGGUCGUAAACAGGCACGAGGAACUGUAUAGCAUGCUAGCGAGGAAACUAGUUAGCCUCAAAUGUAUUAUUCCGAACUUUAGAACGGGUUUAAAAAUACAACGGUAUAUUUUGGCCACAUUAAUAAAAAACAAUGUAAGAUUUUGAAAGUAAAGUGGUAGAUUUAUGAGCGUAAAUGUGUAAUUUGAUGAGAAAAAAGCCGUAAAGUCACUAGGAAAAAAAGCCGUAGUCACUACAAAAAAGUCGUAAAUUGGUCGUAAACAGGCACGAGGAACACAGUAGUUUGGUUAAAAGCCGCAUCCAUGCCUUCUAACAAUGUAUCACUUUUGUAACAAUAAUCGGACAGUUUUAUAAAUAUUUAUAAAUCAGAGCUCAUGAUUUUUUGUAUACUAGUAAAUUAUUCCAGGGUAAAGGGGCUUCAAAUAAAAUUACUGGGGUAUUUCA